AACAAAAUGUGUUUUGAAGGUAGCGGGUUUAUUGUUCUCGACGCAACUGUACUUUUGGGUUGCUUUUAAACCAUCUGGAAAACAUAAAUCCGUGAAUUCAAGAAAAGGGUCUCCUAUAUUUGGGCACGGAAGCUAUGGAAUAUAAAGACACCGAAGAAGAGCCCAUUGAUGCUGCACAAAUACAAGAAGUGCCCAUGAUCGUCAAGGAGGUAAAUGAAGAAGAAGAUGAUGUCGACGACGAUCGACCAUGCCUGAGUUCGCAUGCUCUUGCAGCUCUGCAGGAGUUUUUGCUUCAAAACAAUCAGCCCCAACAUGAUGAUGACAAUAAUGCAAAUGAGAGCUUGCAAGUGCAAUUGUUAACAGAGGAUUGGAGGCUGAGUCAGUUUUGGUAUGACUCUUCCACUGCCCAAACAGUUGCAGAUGAGCUAAAGCACCUCAGUAGUGUAAGUGGGUCCCCUGUUGCCUGCAUUGCUUGCCCAACUCUAUAUGUACAACUCAAGAGGACAAAUCUAGAUUUUGAGGCACACAUAUUUGAAUUUGACAAAAGAUUUGAAAGAUAUGGUACAGAUUUCAUAUUUUAUGACUACAACCAACCUGAAGACUUCCCUUCAACUUACCAGCAUAAGUAUCAAGUUGUGGUGGCAGAUCCACCUUAUUUGAUGCAAGCACAAAACUAUCAACAAUCAAGACAUGUGAGAUUUCAUAUUCAAGGAGGGUAAACUAUCAAUCAUGAAUGAUAAACUCAAUUGCCUACUUACUAAAGCAAAGACCAAUAUUUAGUUGCAACAUAAAUUUGAAAGAAAAACAUAGAUGAGUGUUGCAACCUAAUGAAGGACCUGAUGCUGAUUUGCACAAGCCAGACGCGAGCGAGAUGCUACACCACCAAUUGCGACCUCCUGAGGCUACUAAAGAUCUCCCGCCGCACAACACCCCACACGACUCAGAAACACACCAGAGUGAAGAAUGUCUCUUGAAGAUCUUUAAGACAAUGGAAUUGCUUGCAAAUCAGAAGAAUUCUUAUUUGCUUUUAUUAACAGGAAAAGUUCAAGAGCUACUUGCACUAAAACUUUUGAAUCUCCAGCCAUGUGGAUUCCGACCCACACACCAUAACAAGUUAGGCAAUGAGUUUGUGCUUUUCACAAAUUAUGACCCAGAAGAUCGGCUUGGUGGGUGGGAGAAUUCUGGAUAAAAUUUAUUUUCAAGUCAAACAAUUUUAUUUGGCUGCUUAGUAUUUAACUGGUGGUUUUCAUUUAUAGUUUUGAAAUUGUUAGCAAAUGGUAAGCAAUGAUGUAACUUCUAUAUAUGAUGUUGUGCUCAAAAGUCCAAGAAGAACUUGAAUCAGAACUUUCGAAUCUACGAUGGUGUAGGUUGCAGCCCAGACACCAUAACAAAAGAGGUAAUUAGUUUAUGCUAUUUUCAAAUUAUGAUCCAGAAGAAAUUCUUGGUGGGUGAGAGGAUUCUGGUAAAAGUUGCUUUAAGGAGCUUUCUUUGGCUGUUCAAUAUAUCAUCUGGUGGUAGACUUCUUAUUUGUAAAAUGCAAUGAUGUAACUUCUAUAAUAGCUGUUGUUCUGAAGUUAAUAUCUUU